AUGAGUCCGAAGCGCGAGGCGACCCUGGACGGGGCGGGUGCGCGGGUCCAGGGCGUGGGGGUGACCCCCGGGCGGGGACAGGAGCAGGAGUCCGGAGUUCAAGUUGACCCUUGGGCGGCGGCGGGGGCCGGGGGCGGGGUCCGACUGCGCUGCGUCGUUGCCCUGGGGACCCCACGGUGGCCUCACUGGCUCCCAGGUUCUGAGCCUGGGGCCUUUGGUGGUGGCGGCGGUGGCUUGGCCUCCAACCUGCAGAGGGUACCUCUCUUGGGGCGGGGUCUGCGGGAGGAGCGAUGGGGGUGGGCACGCAGUGACUGCCUGCCGACGUCUGACCGUGCAUCCCUGACCCUGGGCUUCACCGGCAGCGCCCAGCGGGAGUUGUCUCCUGGGGCCUCCCCCGGGCGGGGGCGCUGGGCUGCCAUCACCUGCGCUCUGGCCCCUAGACUGUCCCAACCGGAAGACAGAAUGCUCAAGGGACAGCUUCCAAACACGGGCAGAGACCUCGCAGCCCACCCAGGGUCCCCGCCUACCAACAACGGUCAGGGCCCUGAGAAGAGCCCGGUGCUCCCUCUGAACCUUCCAGCACAAAUCAGCAAUGAGGACCCACAAGCCAAGGCCACACCCUUCACCCCAAAGCCACCGACGAGGCCCCGGCUGGAGCGAGCUCUGUCACUGGACGAGAAGGCAUGGAGGAGGCGGCGUUUUCAAACCAGCCACGAGGACCUGGCCGCGCGCAGUGGGGCCAGCCCCUCUAGGGGCUCCUUGCAGGACGAGGUCCCCAGGCCGCCCACCCACACUGACUCCCCACCCUGCCUGAGCACCUCCUUGCAGGAAAUCCCCACAUCCCGCAGGGCCCAGGGCAGUGCCGGAGGGAGCCCGAACUCGUGGGGUCACUGUAUCUCCGGAAUGAUCGGCACUUCCCUGGACCUCCUGCACCGGGACGGGGCCUUGGCUGGGAGCCCCAGCAGGCUGCCGGCUGUGGGCCAGAAGGUGGCCUCCAAUUCCCUGCGGUCAGCAGACAGGGUGGACUCAGUUCCGACCGACUGCAAGUCCCGCCUGCAGAGCAGACUGUUCCGGGCCCACAGCAGCCUGGGCCCCGGCCGGCCCCCAAGCCCCCUGGCCUGUGAUGCCAAAUCCUUCAGCCUCCUGGCGCCCAUCCGUGCCAAGGACGUCCGGAGCAGGAGCUACCUGGAGGGGAGUCUCCUGGCGAGCGGGGCACUGAUGGGGGCAGAGGAGCUGGCCCGGUACUUCCCAGACCGCAACAUGGCCCUCUUCGUGGCCACCUGGAACAUGCAGGGCCAGAAGGAGCUGCCCCCAAACCUGGACGAGCUCCUGCUGCCCGCCGAGGCCGACUACGCCCAGGACCUGUACGUCGUUGGGGUCCAGGAGGGCUGCUCCGACAGGCGGGAGUGGGAGACGCGCCUGCAGGAGACGCUGGGCCCCCACUACGUCACACUGUACUCAGCGGCCCACGGGGCGCUCUACAUGUCCGUGCUCAUCCGCAGGGACCUCAUCUGGUUCUGCUCAGAGGUGGAGAGCUCCACGGUGACCACGCGCAUCGUAUCUCAUAUCAAGACCAAGGGGGCCCUGGGCGUCAGCUUCACCUUCUUUGGCACCUCCUUCCUCUUCAUCACGUCCCACUUCACCUCCGGAGACGGGAAGGUGAGCGAGAGGCUGCUGGACUAUAGCAGAACCGUCCAGGGCCUGGCCCUGCCCAAGAGCGUGCCCGACACCAGCCCCUUCCGCUCGGACGCUGCGGAUGUCACCACCCGGUUCGAUGGGGUGUUCUGGUUUGGAGACUUCAACUUCCGUCUGAGCGGUGGGCGUGUGGCUGUGGAGGCCAUCCUGAAGCAGGACCUGGGAGAGAAGGUGUCUGCCCUGCUCCAGCAUGACCAGCUCACCCAGGAGAUGAAGAAAGGGUCCAUCUUCAAGGGUUUCCAGGAGCCGGACAUCCACUUCCUUCCAUCAUACAAGUUCGACAUUGGGAAGGACUCCUACGACACCACCUCCAAGCAGAGGACCCCCUCUUACACGGACCGCGUCAUGUACAGAAGCCGCCACAAGGGUGACAUCUGUCCCAUCAAGUAUUCCUCCUGCCCUGGCAUCAAGACGUCUGACCAUCGCCCCGUGUACGGCCUGUUCCGGGUGAAAGUGAGGCCGGGGAGAGACAACAUCCCGCUAGCUGCCGGCAAGUUUGACCGAGAACUGUACUUAAUAGGAAUUAAAAGACGGAUUUCCAAAGAAAUUCAGAGACAGCAGGCUCUGAAGAAUCAGCACUCGAGUACUAUUUGUACUGUUUCUUGAGGUCUGCCCAAGGGCCUCUGGCACCUCCACCGGGAGGUUACUUGAUCAAAAGCCCCUAAAGACGGAAGAGGUUGCUGUGUGGGACUCCUUUUUGGGCUGCCGACGAACCACUGCUCGAGACUGACACGCUUUCUUACCAAGAACCCCACGGGGAGGCCAGCAGACC